GUGGAAUUCUACACCUGAGGGUAAAGUCAUGUAGAAGCCAGAGAUGCAGUACCAACCAUCACAUGCAUCUCGAUUUCAUUUCACCAAAUUCGUCCUCAAAUGGGUCCGUCGAGUAUGUCAGUAAUGUGCGCUUCCCGAAUUGACUGGGUGUUCGAACUGAGAGGUACACCAAUCAGGCUCCAACAGUAGCCACCUCAGUGCGAGAUGCAUGAGGCGGAUCAGGGUCUUCGCGUUUGUUCAAUGCUGUAUAGGCUGCGUGCACGUCGUUGACCGGGAUCUAGCAGAUUGGAAGCAUGCAAGUCCACGCUUCUGGCAGCGUCCUCCAAGAGCGCGGCUAACAUCCAGCAGAGCGCGAUCGAGGCCACACAGGACAGCUUGGAAAAAAAAAACAUCUUGGGCAAAAAAAAAAAAAAAAAUCCUGAACUUGGAACCGGGGACUCCACAACGUCCCAAAACCCCGACAAAUCGUCUUACCACAACAAUUCUGCCCGCCGACCGAUAUCCGCACAGAGAUUCAUGUUCGCCCCCACUGUGCUGUAUACUGGCGCGCUGUCUACCUGUCUGCAACGACGUAUGGUCUCACUACCGUGGAGAUUCUGACAGCGGUGGUAAUGGCUUCCAUGCUCACGCUUGCCUACGAUACACUGGGACGGGAGGUGACUGCAAAGCCAGCUAGAGAGCUGAGGGAGGAGGCGUGGGAGGAGAUGUACUAUUUACUUCCGAUGCCGAAGAUGAGUGCUUCUGAAAUGUGGAUGGAGUGGUAGGUUACCGGGCUGGUGGGGUCGAGAAGUUGAGGUACUGUGUGACUCGAGUUGGGUCCGAUAAGGUCAAUGAAGCCUCAGGAGGUCAUCGUAGUUGCCGAGCAUCUGUAAAUGGCUUGGCUCGGACCUGGAAGCCUGGAUGAAGUCAACCGGGGAUUGCUA